AGGCCGCCGCCUGGGCCGCUCAACUUCCGGGUCAAAGGGGCUUCAGCCGGCGGGUCCCCAGUGUCCGCCGCCGCAGCCUUCCCCCCGCGCCCGCCACUUCCGGGGCCGCAGUCCCGGGCAUGGAGCCGCGAGCCUGAGGCGCUGCCGGGCCCGGGACGCCCUGCACAGCGCGGCCGCCGCCCCGCGCCCCGGUCUGUGUCCCAUGCCUGCAGCUGGAAUGGAGACUCCCUGGACCCUUUAGAAGGCAGCCCACCCUCCCGAGGCCGGCCGAGCGGUUAAUGCGGAAGGUUAAGAAGUUGCGCCUGGACAAGGAGCACACCGGAAGUUGGAGAAGCUUCUCGCUGAAUUCCGAGGGGGCCCAGAGGAUGGCGGCCACCACCGGGGCCCCAGUGGCCGACCGGGGCGACGCGGUGGACAUGGACGAGCAGGCGUCCCGCUUCCAGGUGCAGAAGCACUCGUGGGAGGGGCUGCGGAACAUCAUCCACGGCAGCCGCAAGUACUCAGGCCUCAUCGUCAACAAGGCGCCCCACGACUUCCAGUUCGUGCAGAAGACGGAUGAGUCGGGGCCCCACUCGCACCGCCUCUACUACCUAGGAAUGCCUUACGGCAGCCGAGAGAACUCCCUGCUCUACUCUGAGAUUCCCAAGAAGGUCCGGAAAGAGGCUCUGCUGCUCCUGUCCUGGAAGCAGAUGCUGGAUCACUUCCAGGCCACGCCCCACCACGGGGUCUACUCGAGGGAGGAGGAGCUGCUGCGGGAGCGGAAGCGCCUGGGCGUCUUUGGCAUCACGUCCUACGACUUCCACAGCGAGAGCGGCCUCUUCCUCUUCCAGGCCAGCAACAGCCUCUUCCACUGCCGCGACGGGGGCAAGAACGGCUUCAUGGUGUCCCCCAUGAAGCCCCUGGAAAUUAAGACCCAGUGCUCCGGGCCCCGGAUGGACCCCAAAAUCUGCCCUGCGGACCCUGCCUUCUUCUCCUUCAUCAACAGCAGCGACCUGUGGGUGGCCAACAUCGAGACGGGCGAGGAGCGGAGGCUCACCUUCUGCCACCAAGGGUUAUCCAACGUCCUGGACGACCCCAAGUCUGCGGGCGUGGCCACCUUUGUCAUUCAGGAAGAGUUUGACCGCUUCACUGGGUACUGGUGGUGCCCCACGGCCUCCUGGGAAGGUUCCGAGGGCGUCAAGACGCUGCGGAUGCUGUACGAGGAGGUGGACGAGUCCGAGGUGGAGGUCAUCCACGUGCCCUCUCCUGCGCUGGAGGAAAGGAAGACCGACUCUUACCGGUACCCCAGGACAGGCAGCAAGAAUCCCAGGAUCGCACUGAAACUGGCCGAGUUCCAGACCGACAGUCAGGGCAAGAUCGUCUCCAGCCAGGAGAAGGAGCUGGUGCAGCCCUUCAGCGUGCUGUUCCCCAGGGUGGAGUACAUCGCCAGGGCCGGGUGGACGCGGGACGGCAAGUAUGCCUGGGCCAUGUUCUUGGACCGGCCCCAGCAGCGGCUCCAGCUGGUCCUCCUCCCGCCGGCCCUGUUCAUCCCCACCACCGAGAGCGAGGAGCAGCAGCUGGCCUUCGCCAGAGCCGUCCCCAAGAACAUCCAGCCAUAUGUGGUGUACGAAGAGGUCACCGAUGUCUGGAUCAACGUUCACGACAUCUUCUACCCCUUCCCGCAGUCAGAGGGAGAGGAGGAGCUCUGCUUCCUCCGCGCCAACGAGUGCAAGACUGGCUUCUGCCACUUGUACAAAGUCACUGCCGUUUUGAAACCCAAGGGCUACGACUGGAGCGAGCCCUUAACCCCCGGGGAAGAUGAAUUUAAGUGCCCCAUCACGGAGGAGAUCGCCCUGACCAGCGGCGAAUGGGAGGUCUUGGCGAGGCACGGCUCCAAGAUCUGGGUCAACGAGGAGACCAAGCUGGUGUACUUCCAAGGCACGAAGGACACGCCGCUGGAACACCACCUCUAUGUGGUCAGCUACGAGGCGGCCGGGGAGAUCGUGCGCCUCACCACGCCCGGCUUCUCCCACAGCUGCUCCAUGAGCCAGAACUUCGACAUGUUCAUCAGCCACUACAGCAGCGUGAGCACGCCGCCCUGCGUGCACGUCUACAAGCUGAGCGGCCCCGACGACGACCCCCUGCACAAGCAGCCGCGGUUCUGGGCCAGCAUGAUGGAGGCCGCCAGCUGCCCCCCGGACUACGUGCCCCCAGAAAUCUUCCACUUCCAGACGCGCGCGGACGUGCGGCUCUACGGCAUGAUCUACAAGCCGCACACCGUGCAGCCGGGCAAGAAGCACCCCACCGUCCUCUUCGUGUACGGAGGUCCCCAGGUGCAGCUGGUGAACAACUCCUUCAAGGGCAGCAAGUACCUGCGGCUCAACACGCUGGCGUCCCUGGGCUACGCCGUGGUCGUGGUCGACGGCAGGGGCUCGUGCCAGCGCGGCCUGCGCUUCGAGGGGGCCCUGAAGAACCAGAUGGGCCAGGUGGAGAUCGAGGACCAGGUGGAGGGCUUGCAGUUCGUGGCCGAGAAGUACGGCUUCAUCGACCUGAGCCGCGUCGCCAUCCACGGCUGGUCCUACGGGGGCUUCCUCUCGCUCAUGGGGCUGAUCCACAAGCCCCAGGUGUUCAAGGUGGCCAUCGCGGGUGCCCCGGUCACGGUCUGGAUGGCCUACGACACGGGAUACACGGAGCGCUACAUGGACGUGCCAGAGAACAACCAGCAUGGCUACGAGGCAGGUUCUGUGGCCCUACACGUGGAGAAGCUGCCCAACGAGCCCAACCGCCUCCUCAUCCUCCAUGGCUUCCUGGAUGAAAACGUGCACUUUUUCCACACAAACUUCCUUGUCUCACAGCUGAUCCGAGCGGGAAAACCUUACCAGCUCCAGAUCUACCCCAACGAGAGACACAGUAUUCGCUGCCCGGAGUCGGGUGAGCACUACGAAGUCACACUGCUGCACUUUCUGCAAGAAUACCUCUGAGUCCGGCUGCCUCGGCUGCCUGCCCACCGCCCGGAGCCAUCACAGCAGAGCACAAGUGGCUUCGAGGCCACCACCACCGCCCGGGGACCGGGCGGGAGGGACCGAGUGGCCCCACGGGCCCGGACGAGGUGCCUCUCCUACCCCUGCUGGCCAGCCCUGCUGCCCCGAGGAGCCACCGCCUUCGCCACCCUGACGCCUUUUAUCAUUUUCUUAAUGUUCCUGGGUUUUUGCCUGCUACUGCUUGGUCGCCAGGACAGAGAGAUGGUGGCUGAUCCCUCCAAGGCAUGGCCUCGGGCCAUCCCGCCUUCUGCAAGGAGGAGGCCACCCGCCGCUGGGCACGGGAGAGGCUGGAGCUCGGGCCACCCCGGCCAGAAGAGACUCGGAGGAGCGGGGCGCCCCCCGCCCAUGGCUCCCGGUGGCCCCUCAGUCUCCUGACCCAGCCAGCCACCGUCCCCAGCACAGAAGCAUGCAGUUGCCUGUCUUCCCCGCCAGCCCCCCACUUCAUGUUUGUGGUUUGUUUUAGGAGGCGUUUUUCAUAACUAUUUAAAAGACAGAAAGCAAGGGGUGCCUACAUCUAGACUCGGGGUCUGCGCCAGGCUGUGGGGUUUCAGCCCAGCCCCUGGUGAGCCCCAAAGCCGGAGCGGAGAGUCGUGAGGAGGAGGAGGAAGAGUGGCCAGGGCCUGCUGGGGGCACUGCACCCUCCCACGCCCGCCUCUGCCCUGAGCUUUCAGGCAGGCACUGAAACUCGCCGAGCUUCAGCGCUCUGCUGGUCAGCGGCCGCUGUCCCCUCCCCAGCCCAGCUGUCAGGCCACAUGUGUCUGCCCAGCCCGUGCCCACCGGGGGUUCCGGGGUUGGGAGUUGGAACCGUCCCCACCUCAGGGUUAUAUUGUCCCCUUCCUUUCCCUCCCCGCCAAGAGUUCUGCCAGGGGCGGGCCAAAAAAACAAAAACGAAAAGAAG